AACUGCUGCAAACGUCUCGGAUCCAUGACUUAACAGCAACAAAGGAUGAUAAAUAAAUUUGAUUUGUUAAUUUAUUUUAGAUCUGUAACCGCUACCACAUCAAAGUUUAAUGUUCUGCUGAAGCUUUAGAAAACUAAAGCUGGUAGCCCGGUUGACAACGUACGAAGCAGUCAAAGAUUAGCAACCAUAAAGACAGAGAAUCUGCUUUAAAGAUAUUAAAAUGAUUCGAAUUGCAGCUCUAAAUGCUGCUUCGACAGCUGCCGAUGAGUCUCAGGACCCACUGAGGAGCAGCAAAAGUCAGACCAAAGAGGCUCAGGAAGCUGAGGCUUUUGCUUUAUAUCACAAAGCCUUGGAUCUCCAGAAACAUGACAAGUUUGAGGAGUCUGCCAAGGCCUACCAUGAGCUUCUUAAAACUCCGCUGCUCAAAGAGGCCAUGCCCUCAGAAGAUCAAAGAGUGGGUCUGAAGCAUCCUGGACUGAUGCUAAAAUAUUCAACUUUUAAAAACCUGGCUAGCAUGGCUGCAAUACGGGAUGACUUGGGGAAAGCCAUGGAGUUUUAUUUGGAGGCCGUCAUGUUGGACUCCACUGAUGUGAACAUGUGGUAUAAAAUUGGUCAGGUGGCUGUGCGACUUGUGCGCAUCCCUCUUGCUCGUCAUGCGUUUGAGGAGGGCCUACACUGCAACCAGGACCACUGGCCAUGUCUGGACAACCUUAUCACUGUUCUGUAUGCCCUUAGUGACUAUACUUAUUGUUUAUACUUCAUUGCCAAAGCCCUGGAGAAGGACCACUGCUACUCUAAAGGCCUGGUGUUAAAGGAAAAAAUCUUCAAGGAGCAGCCUUGUUUGAAGAGGGAUACGAUGCAGAUGUUUACAAAAUGCGACAUGUCCAUUCACUUUGUGGAAGUGGAAGAGGAAGAGCGCAGAUCCAUCAUUGAGGAAGCUCUCGAGAUAAGGAAGCGCAGACAGUCUCUCUCUCACUGUGAACCAAAACCGGACCUUGACCUGAUUCAGCCUAUACACUGUCUCUCAUGGAAGCAUUUAGGCGAAAGCUUUCUUGCAAUGUACAAACAUCAGACCACCUGCGAACCUCCACGAUCGAGUCUGGGCCGCAGAAUUGACUUGUCAUCGUACUGUGACCCGAACUUCUGCCAGAACCUUCCCCAACUGAGUAGCCCUGUGAGUAUGGGCUUGACCACUGUGCUGAGCAGCCCCAGUUCAUCCCUGCCACCAGUAGCCUUUAAUGAGCCUGCAGUCCUUAUCCAGCCUGGUUCUCAGCCUCAAAUUACCCUGGGCCAGACUACUAUCGAGGUCACUACUUCAGCUCCCCCUGGUGCUGCAAGCAUGGAAAUUUCCCUGGCUGAUAAAGGGAAGAAGGCUCCCAAAAGAAAACGUGGCGUGGAGGAUAGCGGUGAGACGGCCAAACGUCGCUCGGCACGUGUUCGAAACACUAAAUGUAAGAAGGAAGAGAAGAUUGAUUUUCAGGAGCUUCUUUUUAAAUACUUACCUUCCAGGCUAAAGAAGUUCGAUCCUGAUGAUGAUGAGAGCUUGGGGAAUAUUGAGACUCAGUGUAAUGGGAAGGAUGACGUUCAGCCUUAUCAUGAAAGCUGCUUACCAGCUGACUAUGUUGAACCCAUGGAAUCUGAGCAACAAGAUGUUCACAACUUCUUGCUUAAUAAUUUGACCAAUGGUGGAAUAUUGGAUCUGAUGAUGCGCUAUCUGAAAGCAAUUGGUCUGAAGUUCAUGGAGGAGUGGCCACGGGGGCUGACCACUGUGGUGCUGGAGGUUUAUCAGACUUGGAGGAAGCACAGCUUGGGCCUGCCUAAUCCUCUCCUUCGGGACUGCAGCAACCAGCACAUUCGGGAAAUGCUGACAAUGAGCUUGGCCUGUAUGGAGUUACAGCUGGAACAAUGGUUACACAACAAAGGGAAGAUUGUUAUUCCAAGAGGAAAUUGUGGCGGUCCCAGCAGUGACACGUCUGACUCCGAAUUCCCUGGACAACACUUCCAGGGCGACUUGUUAAUCCUGGCCCUCGGUUCCUCCCAAAGAGAUCUGUUUGAGAAUGAUUGGUUAGACGUCAUGGUACGUGUCUACUGGCUGAAAGCACGAUUCUUGGCCCUGCAGGGAGAUAUGGAGUUGGCCCUUGAAAGCUAUGAUGUUUGUAUAGGCCUGCUGCAGGGCAAACCAAAGGCCACUGAUGGGAGACAUUAUACCAUCAACCUGCCAAACCUAUGUGUAGAUGCAGCCAUAUCUGCGGAGGAGAUCGACAAGAGACUGAAGUCGUUGGAGCGUUGUCAGUCUUUAGAGGAGAUCCAGCGUCUCUUUGAGUCUGCAGACUUUGAGUCUGUUGUUGGCCUGCUGCAACCCACUUUAAAUUAUGAAAACAGGGGCAAAUCUCUGGAGUUUGUGAGCUCGGCACCGGAGCGUCCUGCCCAGCUGAUGCUACUGCAGAACUCCCUGUUGAAGCUGCAGGACUACUGGCAAUGCUUGGAGAGCAGCGAGCUGGCUUUGAACGAAGCCCUGCUGCAGCUCAACUCUGCUCCAGGCGGUUCUACUCCUAGCAAGGAAGAGUGGGUCGUCACCAUAAGAAAGUUGCUGGAUGGCAUCGAAAUCUGCUUCAACAAAGAACCGGAGCUUCUGAGCAAAGUCCCUCAUUUCUCAAGCUUGGCUCGACUGGCAAACAAUCUAAUUCAGCUGAUUGAUCUUAGCAUGAGUACUUCAGAUGAUCCAAAGGAGCCAUAUUUCUUCUCAGUUGUGCCUUGGAUUAUUUUGUAUCGCAUUAUCAAACACGAGGAGACUGCUUUUGACUGUAUGCUUCGGCAGCAUAUAUCUUUAGAUGACGACGAAGAUGCACCAGAAACUCCCAUGCUUCCCUCCUCUCUGAUGCUUUUGAGUACAGCUCAUGAGUAUCUGGGUCGUCGUUCCCUUUGCUGCAGCUCAGAGGGUGCCUUCCUGAAGUUCUUUAUUAGGAUAUUGGAGAAGGAAUUUGCUGCUUCCACCAACAAUGACUCUCAUCCCUAUAAAGAAGAGCUUGAAAUGGCCUUGGAGCAAUGCUUUUUCUGCUUAUACGCCUACCCCAGUAAGAAGAGCAAGGCGCGCUACCUUGAGGACCACUCAUCUCCACAGGUCGAGCUUCAGUGGACCGAUGCUCUCUUCAUGUUCCAGUAUUUCAAACCAAAGUCACUGCCUGAGUUUGACAGCUAUAAGACUAGCACAGUGUCUGCAGAACUGGCCAAUCUGCUGAGGAGAUUUGCAAGCAUAGCGCCCCCAAGUGAGACCCCCACCUUCACCAUGGAUGAAGUGGCAGCCUACAUUGAGGACAUGACGGAGAAGGUCCCUUCACUUCCAGCAGGCAGCCCCCCUGCACCUCCAAUCAUCAAUGAGAUCUACUAUCUGUUGGCUGAUUAUCACUUCAAGAACAAGGAGCAGUCCAAAGCUAUUAAGUUCUAUAUGCAUGACAUUUGCGUAUGCCCCAAUAGAUUUGACUCCUGGGCAGGCAUGGCUUUAGCCAGAGCCAGCCGUAUCCAAGAAAAGCUCAAUUCCAAUGAGCUGAAAAGUGACGUUCCUAUAUGGAAGCACUCGCAGGCCGUGCUAAACUGCUUCAAGAGAGCCCUGGAGAUAGACGGCUCCAACCUGUCCUUGUGGAUUGAGUACGGAACCAUUUCGUAUGCGCUGCAUUCUUUUGCUUCUCGGCAGCUCAAGCAAUGGCAAAAUGAACUCCCUGCAGAGGUUGUUAAACAGAUGGAGGAAAGAAGAGACUCCAUGCUGGAGACAGCUUUUCAGUGUUUCCAGGGUGCAUCCCGCUGUGAGGGUGACAGCGAUGAAGAAGAGUGGCUUAUUCACUACAUGCUGGGGAAGAUAGCCGAGAAGCGCAGGAAGCCCCCUGUUGAAUAUCUGCAGCUUUACAAAAAGGCAGCACAAUAUCUGCAUGAAGAAGCUGCCAGGUACCCACGGAAAAUUCAUUACCACAAUCCUCCUGACCUGGCUAUGGAGGCCCUGGAAUUGCAUUUCCGUCUGAGUGCCUCCAUCCUUAAAUUGCUACAAGCUGCUGAGUCUAAUCUGGAUCACGACCUUUUAUUUAACCUCCUGGUUGAAGCAGCAACUGGGCCAUUCGCAAAGGGGGAAGAGAAGAGUAUGCCAAGCUUGCCAAGGUCCAAUGAAAAAGAGAAACCGCCUACGAUGAUGGAAGAAGAAUUUAAUUGUUCCUCAGUUUGCAUAGGGAACGUCCUCAGCUCCUCCCCAGCCUCUGCUGCCACCCCAGGUGUAACUUCCCCUCCUUACGUGGCCACGCCAUUUGACCACGAUUACGCCAAACGCAAAACACUCCGAAGGCAGCAGUGGCAGCAGCAACGGCAUGAGGAGCAGCAGGCUGAUGCCUCACCAGGGUUUGACCAUGAAUACUGCCUGCCCAGGUCUCCAAUAUGGCUGGCUUCCUUCAAUGAGCGAAGCCAGGACAGCGAGGUGGUGUUGCUUUCUGAUUCCAACUCCACCCAGGAUGCCUUCACAGAUCCCGCCAGUUCACAGGACACCAGUCAGAGAGCUGCCUCGGUCAAAGCCAGUGCAUUGUCGUCAGAAAGCACGACCCCCAUGAAGGACAGACAGCCCACCUCUGAGGACACAGCUUUACAUAGAGACCAAACAGGUAUCCAGACAGAAGAGAAGGUUAUUCAGGAGAAGGUUGUAAGCAUGGUGGUGGAAGUCCCUGACGGAUCGACCCCUAAGGUGUCUGCAGACCCCUGUCCUCUUCCUCUCACCCCCACAGUCACGCCACUGAAGCCAGCAUCCUCGCAGCAGGGCACUAGUCAGACCACACCCAGCGAGAGCAAGAAGAAGCCCGAGCCCCCCGCUGAGGUGAUUGAAGUGCCCAAAGCUCUGCCGGUAGAGCGAGCUGAUCAGAAACGAAUGCUGGUGGAGAUGUGUGUCCGUGCUCUGUUUCUCUGCCUCAGCCGUUUCCCUCAGCACUACAAAAGUCUCUAUCGUCUGGCCUACUUCUAUACCAACAGCAAGACUCAUCAGAACCUACAGUGGGCCAGAGAUGUGUUGCUAGGAUGCAGUGUCCCAUGGCAACAGCUGAAGCACAUGCCAGCACAAGGACUUUUCUGUGAAAGAAACAAGACAAACCUGUUCAAUGGCAUCUGGCGUAUUCCAGUGGAUGAGAUUGAUCGCCCAGGAAGUUUUGCGUCUCAUAUGAAUCGUUCUGUUGUCCUUUUGCUGGAGGUGCUGUCUCAGCUCAAGGAUCACAACACAUUACUAAAAGUCUCUUUCAUGCUACACAAAAACCCUGACCAGGGAAAGAAAUAUUUACGGGAUGUUGAUCGCCAGGUUUUGACCAAGAGAGCAUUUUUCUUAACUGUAAAAGUCCUGGAGGACAAUCUAAGCAGUCUCACAGGGGUGUCUGAGCAGCUACACAAAGUGCCUGCACCCUCCAUGGGGGAGAUGACCACAACGGACACAUCCGGCAGGCCCAGUUCCGAGGACUGCAAACAUGCGCUGCCUAAAAAGUCUGGGCUUACAGAGGGAGCCGGUGUCACUGAUACUGGCCCCAGGGAAGCCUCCCAGGCUCAGAUAACCCUAACACCACUGUCAGCAGAUAAAGGGAGUAUAGCUCAAGAGGGCUUUCCUGGGAAGGUGGAGACUGCUGGUAAUGAAGGGAACAAAGGAGGGCCAAAUGAACCAAUGGAAAUGGAAUCUUACGUCUGGAGGAAGCCCCCCACUACCACAGACUCUCAGGGCAACCAAACAGAGACGGAGGCCUCCCUGGGGGGCUUGGAAACCCAGCAGAAGGUGACUGAAACUAGCCGUGCACCAGAGCUGUCUCUGGAGGAGCUGAGCAUCAGUUCGAGACAGCAGCAGCUGCAGGUGUCUGCACCAAAAGUCGCUGUCGCAGCAGGAGGGACUGAUCAGGCCUUACUACGAAAACCAAACAGGAAAAGGAAACUUAUAGACGAUGUAGAGUCCGGAAAAACCCUACUACUUGAUGCCUACAGAGUUUGGCAGCAAGGGCAGAAAAUCAUGACCUACGACCUGAGACGCAUUGAGAAGAUAAUGUCCGAGACAUAUAUGCUCAUUAAACAGGUGGAUGAAGAUGUAGCUCUGGACCAAGCAGUGAAGUUCUGCCAGAUACAGUUGGCCACCUCAGCACAAAGACAGCAGUCAACAGGUGAUACCCCAACCACGCCCAAGCACACCAAGGAGCACAGAGAUAUAUUCUUCCCCGCCUCCCUGCCAAUGCCUGUCCUACUCAGUCACUCUGCCUGCCACCCGCUGUCCACCCAGGAUGGCCAGGCCAAAGGGGUCUGCGAGCCCCUCGCCAAGAUGUCCAGACCUCAGAGCUCGGGCUUCCAUGAUCAGCCGCAGCAGAGAAGAACAGGUGGCCAGCCUGCUGCAGCUAUGGCCUUCCUCCCACCCGCAGACGAGUGGGAGGAACCCUCAGAGGGGCUGUUGUACCGCCAGCAGGAGUCCCACCUCUGUCAGCAGAUGAAACUUGCCACUGUCUCCCAGGGGCAAGAACCUUCAGCUGGUUGGUUUCAGGAGGAAACCGCAACAUGUAGCACCACGCAACCUUGUUCAGAUCAGCAGCAGUAUGCCAGCAAUGAGCAGUCCAAGCUUCCAGACCCUAGCCGAAUCCGCUCCAGAGUCCCGGCAUGCAUGCCAAAGCUUUUCAUCCCUUCCACCGUCACCAAGUUCCCUCCAGAAAUCACAGUAACACCUCCAACACCCACACUGCUCUCGCCUAAAAACAGCAUCUCAGAGGAAACCAAGCAAAGACUGAAGAAUGUUAUCUUGUCAUCCCAGUCUGCUGCCACGGUCAAAAAAGACACAUUGACCCAGCCAGUGCUGGAGGUGCAGGAAACAUCCAGUCAGGAGUCGUCUCUGGAGAGUGAGUCGGAUGAGGAGGACGAUUACAUGGACAUCUGAGCUGAAACUGAACUCUAUUCUCAUUCAGCUCCCUUUUUUUAAAACUGUCGAUUCCACAGCAGCUUGUGUAUGUGUUGAUACUUUGUUUUUCGUAUGGGAUGUGAGAGAACCAACCUUCAUUCCAACCAGAUGAAAUGCAGUUUUCUCAGCAGUUUUGUGGUGGUAUGUUGCUGUGGUUGGUAAGAGUGUUGGUGCAUGACAGAGAUUUUAUCCAAUAGCAUGGCUUACAUGUGCCAUUAAUGCAUAUCACACAUCAGCUUUUCCAGCUCUCUUGCUUUACACUCAAUCUGGCAAAAAAACAAAAAAAAACAGACUUUGCCUGAAACAGCUACCAGCGACAUGUUUAUGCACCCUUAGCAUGUUGUGUGUUAAUUCUUCUCCGAGCUGCAGCUCAUCGCUCGACCUGCGCUCACUUAUCCGAGGUACCUCGUUAUGGACCGACACUCAGCAGCAUGAAUUUCUGUCCUCCAUACUCCUCUUUUACUCCAGCAUGAGAUUCUCAUCUCAAAGACGGGUCGCAUUGCUACAUGAUGCAUUACAAUGAAUACCAACGUGAAACAAGGACCGCCGGCUGCAUUCUGGCUCAAUCUGUUGAGCUAAUAAUCCACAAAGCCUCAUAACCUGUAGCAGACUGAAAAUGUUUACACUGAACGCUUGGGAUGUUUUUCAGUUGGUCCUUAACUUUGUGCUCCUUUUUUGUACUGACUCUGUUUCUUGUAUUAUUCUAUUAUUUCCUCUUUUGUGUGCAUUUGUAGCUACAAAACACUUCUUGCCAGGAUGACAUCCUGCCACCAGCACUGAUCUGAAUGACAGAGAGGCUUUCACUUAUUUGGAAUUAGCACACACAAAAAAAAAAUCUUUUGAAUGUUUGGGUUUGUUGGGUCGAGGACUGAGCUGGAGAAAAGUGCACACGCGUGAAGGUGUGAACAUUAAGGUGUGGGUUUCCGCAGGAAACACAACGCCGUGGACCUUACCUGAUGUCAGACGAACUGUUAUGCAUGACAAUGAGGACUCUCCAAUCCUGAUGCCUUCCCACUGGACUCAUUUAAGGGGAGUUUGUCACAUUUCUUGCCUAACUCAGAUAAAGACGCACAGAAUGUUUUUUACAGAUAGUUUUCUACAAAAAGAAAGACUUAUGUUUCUUGAAAGCUGUGUGAUGUGAUCAUUUUUAAAGAAAAAGGGCACAAAUGGAAAUCUAUCCCACAUAAUAAAGAGAUAAGAUGGCUUUGUAUUUUAGUUUGUUAUAUUGUUUAUGUUCGGUGGGCUUUGGGGAAUGUACUACAGCUGAAGCACUGGGUGGGUUGAAGUCCUGAGACUGCUUGUCUUGAGCAUGUUCUCUGUGUCUGGACUGAAUUGAUGUCAAACCAAAUAUAUAUAUUUGAGAAACACA